AUGUCUUCCCAACAACACAAGUUCAAACGUCCAGAUGUUUCUGUUAGAGACAAGAAAUUGGACACUCUUAACGCUCAAUUGAAGAAAAUUGAUACUGAAAUUGGUUUAAUUAGAAAACAAGUCGACCAACACCAGGUAAACGAUACCACUCAACAAGAGCGCAAGAAGUUGCAAGAUAAGAGCAAAGAAAUUAUCAAAAUUCAAGCCGACUUGAAAAACCGUAGAAGCAACAUUCACGAUUCUAUCAAGCAAUUGGACGCUCAAAUCAAGAGAAAAAACAAUCAAAUUGAGGAAAAAUUAGGUAAAAAGGCUAAGUUUUCCUCCACUGCAGAGGCAAAACAAAGAAUCAAUGAGAUUGAAGAGUCUAUUGCGUCUGGUGAUCUUUCUUUGGUUCAAGAAAAAUUAUUAGUCAAAGAAAUGCAAUCUUUAAAUAAAUUGAUCAAAGAUUUAGUUAACAUUGAGCCAAUUAGAAAGUCCGUUGAUGCUGACAAGGCUAAAAUCAACCAGCUUAAGGAAGAAUUGAAUGGAUUGAACUCAAAAGAGAUUUCUAAUCAAUUCGAAGAGAAUCAACAAAAACUGAACGAUAUUCACUCAAAGACUCAAGGUGUUUACGACAAAAGACAGACUUUAUUCAACAAACGUACUGCCUUAUACAAGAAACGUGAUGAAUUAUACAGUCAAAUUAGACAAAUAAGAGCUGAUUUUGACAAUGAAUUCAAAUCCUUCAGGGCUAAAUUGGACAAGGAACGUUUGAAACGUGAAGAAGAACAAAAGUUAUCCAAACUUUUGGAACAGAAGGAUGUUGACAUGGGCAAACUGCAAGAAAAGUUGACUCACGCCAAAAUUCCAGCCUUCACUUAUGAAAUUGGUGCCAUUGAAAAUUCGUUGCUUGUCUUAGACCCAACUUAUGUGAAGCCCAAGAAAAACAUUCUGGCCGAUCUAAGUGACAAUGUUAUGGAAACCAAACCUGCCAGAAAAGUUGUUGCUGAUGAUUUGGUUUUGGUCACACCAAAGAAGGAUGAUUUCGUUAAUGUUGCACCAUCCAAAUCCAAGAAAUACAAGAAGAAGAACCAGCAAAAGAACACUCAAACCGAGCAAACCGCUUCCAUUUUCAACAAAGUCGACGGUAAGUUUACAUUGGAGCCAACGCUAAUUGCUACUUUGGCUGAAUUGGACGUCACUGUUCCAAUUAACAAUGAUGAUGUAAAGGUCACCGUUGAACAAUUGAAGAAGAAACAUGAAGAACUUUCAUCGAAGCAAGAGGAACAAACAAAACAAAACAUUGAAUCUGUGGAAAAGGAAAUUGAAAAGUUAAAUCUUGACUAUGCCAAUAAAGAACAACAAGUAAAAAAGGAAUUGGAAGAAAAAAGAUUAAAGGAACAGGAAGAAUCUGAAAGAGAAAAGGAAAACUGA